CCUGAAGUUGAAGAAGAAGAAGAGCGCACAGGAAGCACCUGCAGCUCCUUCUGUUCCUGGAUCUGGUUCUGGUUCUGGUUCAGGUUUAAAGAUGAUUCAGAUUAAAAACCGCCUCAGGUUCAGUUCUGUCGGAAUCAGCGCCGCGAGACUGUUCUCUUCCUCCUCGUCUCCCGCCAAAAACCCUGUCGUUUUCCUGGACAUCAUGGCGGACUCAGAGAGUCUGGGCAGGAUCAUUAUCGAGCUGAAUGCAGAUGUGGUGCCAAAGACUGCAGAAAACUUCCGAGCUCUUUGUUCAGGGGAACAUGGAUUUGGAUUCAAAGAGAGCGUGUUUCACAGGAUCGUACCUGAGUUCAUGUGUCAGGGAGGAGAUUUCACCAACCACAACGGGACAGGAGGCAAAUCCAUAUAUGGGAAAACUUUCAAAGAUGAAAACUUCAAAUUAAAACACACUUGUCCAGGAAUUCUGUCCAUGGCAAACUCGGGGCCAAACACCAACGGCUCCCAGUUCUUCAUCUGCACAACUAAAACUGAAUGGCUGGACGGGAAACACGUGGUGUUCGGACAGGUAAAGGACGGCAUGGACGUGGUCGCCAAGAUGGAGUCGUUUGGGUUGCACGAUGGCGGUGUGAUCAGGAAAAUAGUCGUCUCUGACUGUGGGGAGAUCAAAUAACAUACGCCGGUAUUUUGUACUUUAACUGUCCGCGAUGAUGCCUUCAAGGACCGGACGUCUCUCUGGUGUCUUCUUAAUGGAAACCGAUACGACACUUCUACACUACGUGUUGGGAUAUAAAUAAUGGAAUUACGAGGACACGAGGAGUGGUUCACUGUCCAAUAAAUGACCGCUUUUCAGAUUUUACUAGCUCUGCUCUCGGGGACGUUUGGCCGUCAUGUGCCAACAAACUCUCGCUCGCUCGCUGCUUGAAAAGCUUCCUGGAGACGAUCCAGCAGGCUUUUUUUAGACUCUCCAGCACUGCACUGACCCGACAUCCCGUCCCCGUCGCGAGCAGGAUGUGACGUCACGUCAACAUCCACCUACACUGAGGAACCACAUGAAAGUGUCUCAAAGGACACGACGUGGAAACACUUUACUGCAGAGACUGGGUGGCUCUGCUGCUGCUGCUGCUGCUGCUGCUGCUGCUGCUGCUUAUCGAGCUAAUACUUGAUGAAAGUAAAUGAUGAAGCGAUGUCGGAGGAGGGGGGGGGCAAAAAAAACACCUCUUGCUCCCUAAAUGAAACCACAUGUGCGCUGACCUUCCACCACCGUUUGUUUGAAUUCUCAGAUUACAUCGUCGUCAUGGAGACUGUGCAGCCCAGCACGGCUCAGAUGUUGUAACAAACUUGAUAUAAUUUGCGUCCCCACCCUCGGGUUUGAGUUGUGUGGAAUGCAUGUCCAAUAUUGUGGACGGAAAGUUGGCGGGCGCGACGGCCAAUGUUUAACACACACAUGCAGAAACAGUGACAUCUUCAAAAUGUGGCUGCAUACUUGUGUGAUGCGAGCGCUCGGCCGUCAGCUGCCGAACCUCCUCUGUUUGUUUUGGUUUGAAAGUGUCGACAGUUUGACUCCGAUCAAGUCUUGUUAUGCUGUUAUCUUAAAGGGCUCGUUUGGGUUUUGCUUCUUCUUUUUUUUUACCCCCUGGCAUAAAACGACCCUUUCUGAGUGGAAAAUUAAGCUUUUGAUUAAGCUCACUAUCCCUGCACCAAACUCCAUAGAGAAAAUCAGUGACUUUACAUAACAGCGUGUAGGAGUUGUUGAUCCACUGCUGUAUGAAAUAUUUCACCAGUAUUAAUUCAGUGACACAAAGUGGCCACAUGAGGCAGCAGCACACCAGCAGCUCCUGUGUCCCCACGAGCUAAAAAAUGUUUUACCUUUUCAUUUAAUAAUUCACCAAAUUAUUAAUUAAGUUGUUUUGCUUGUGCAAAACCCAGAGUUUAGUGAGUUGAUGCUCUAUACAUAAUCAUUUAUGUAUGUUCUAAAAUUUUGUGUUUUUGUCUGUUGUUUUAAUUAUUUGGACCUUGAAAUCUGGCAAUAACAUGUAAUAUAUUAUACAUUUCUGCCAAUAAACCCACCUCAGUAUCACAUAA